AUGGCGGAUGAGCUCCCGGACGCUGACACGCUCCGUAUUUUGAUCCUCACAGACACACAUGUUGGCUUCAAUGAGAAAGACCAGGUUCGUGGGAAAGAUUCGCUGGAGACGCUGGAGGAAGCUCUCCAGAUCGGGAAGAGCGGGCAAGCAGAUCUCAUCCUGCAUGGUGGCGACCUCUUCCACGAAAACAAGCCAUCCAGGGGGUGUCUCUUCAGAACCAUGAACCUUCUGAAGCAGUACACGAUGGGAUCUGGAGAGGUGGCCUUCGAGGUGGUCAGUGAUCCAGCCUGCUUCGGCACUGGCCAGGUCAAUUACAAGGACCCCAACUUGAACAUCGAGUGCCCCUUCUUCAUGAUCCACGGCAACCAUGACGAUCCCGGUGGGGAGAGCAACCUCUGCGCCGCGAACAUUCUAGAGGUAGGCGGCUUGUGCAACUACUUCGGCCGGCACGAAGACCUCGAGGACAUCGUUAUCAGGCCAAUCUUGUUGGUUAAGGGCAAGUCCCGUGUGGCGAUCUAUGGCCUGGGCAACAUCCGUGACGAGAGGUUACAUCGAGCUUUCCAGGCCAAGAAGGUCCGCUUCGAGACUCCCGUGGACACCGAGAAGUGGUUCCACGUGAUGAUCCUUCACCAGAACAGGCACAAGGGAAACAAAGGGGCCGUGCCAAGCAAAGCGUGCAUCCAUGAGGAGAUGCUCCCCUCCUUCUUGGAUCUGGUCAUCUGGGGCCAUGAGCACGACUGCCAAGUGAAACCGCAGGAGUCCCUCCGAGGGGAGUUCUACGUCAUGCAGCCGGGCUCUUCUGUAGCCACGUCGCUGACGCCACAAGAGGCCGGGCUGAAGCACGUGGCCUUGAUCGACCUCAAGGAGGGCGUCUUCAGGUGCAACCCCGUGCCUCUGUGGACAGUGAGACCAUUGGUCAUGAGGGACCUGGUUCUCUCAGAGACGGGUCUCUUGAACACAGACACGCAGGCCAUCUGGAAUGCGUUGUCUGGCGAGGUCGACUCGAUGAUAGCCCAAGGGGAGGAAGAAGUCCAAAGGCGCAAGAAGGAGCUGGAGGCUCGCAGGAAGUUCGGUCCCAAGAAACUGGAGGUGCCGCAGCUUCCUUUGGUGCGACUGCGAGUGGAACAUUCGGGGUUCGACACCAUUUCUGGCUCAACUUUUGGCAACCAGUUCGUUGGCCGAGUUGCGAACCCCGACGAGGUGCUGCUUUUCCAUCGGCGCGCUGGUGGGGGUGUUGCAGGAAGCCGCAAGGUUCAAGGCCUAGGCGACGUCCUCGAGAUCGAGGAGAACGCAAUGCCUGGCGACGACGGUGUCAAGAUUCAGGACAUCAUCUACAAGUACAUUGAUGGCGAGCAAAAUCUCCAGGUUCUCCCUGAACCGGAUCUCAACGAUGCAGUGCAGUCAUUCGUGCAUAGAUCGGAGCCCUGUGCCAUAGAGCGGUUUGUUAAAGAGGCUGUGGAGUCUACAAACCAGGCUAUCCUGAAGGAAAGCCGGGCUGUGGGGGAGGAAGAGAUCCGAGUGCAGAUCCAGGACCGUGCGGAGUCGCUGCGGCAACAGCGGCUGGCCGCAGCUGCUGCGCAGGGUUCACUCUCAGGCCCGCCAACAGAACGUGCAGAUAGCCUUCAUGCCAAGCCAGAGCCAGACCUGCUGGAUGAGCCACGCGCUUCGGCUUUGGAACAUAUGGCAGAGGCGAUACCGCCAACUGCCGCCGCGGCCGCCUUUGCAGCGGAAAUGGAGGAGGACGAGGCCGAGGCAUCCGGAAACCGUCGCGAUCUGUCCUCCAAAUGCAUGUUCUUGAAACACUCCGUGUUGUUUGUCGUGCAGCCACGGGUUGCCGAUUUCACGUUUGCUUUGCACGCCUGGGGCCUGGAGACUAUUUUCAUGGCGCAGCUGCCAUACUUGCAGACAAGUAUGAGUGAGCAAGUCUUCAUUGUGGGCUCUUGCAAGGAGCUCGGAGCCUGGAACCUUGCAGAGGCCGUGCCUUGUUUCACAUCCAACGCGGUGUUUCCGCGAUGGACUUCCAACGUUGUGAAGCUGCCAAUCGGCAGCAGGAUUGAAUUCAAGGCCGUGAUCCAUGGCCACCGCGGCAACCGCUGGGAGCACGGGCAGAAUCGAUUUCUGCAGGUGGAGCUCCCGAUGGAUGCAGAGGCGAAGAAGAUCGCCAUGACUUUUGGCCAGCCCGGCAUCGAGGAACCGCCUACGCUGCCCAAGCUGCUUGGCCAUUCGGCGGUGCACCUCGAUAAGGCCCACAUCAAGGCCAUGGCACCCUGCGAUCUUGGUUUCUUGCCGCCAAAGGAUGGCCUCAAGGCGGCCUCGCCCAGCGCGGGCGUUGUGGAGGCUGCCCCGGCCUGCGGCAGCUCCGUGAAGGGGAUGCCGGCGCAGCAGGAGGGCCUUUUCCACCUUCGUCCCAACAUGGGACGAGUGGUGAUGGAGUACGGCCCCAACGGCGAAGACCCUGCCAUCAAGGCCGCCGAAAGCUGCACGUUCGAGCUGCGCGAGACGUCCAUCCAUCUGCAGGGCACCCUUGCGGCAAUUCGCAAGGCAAAGCGCGGCCUGCAGCUGUUCAUGUCGAAGACCUUCAUCUGCACGUUUCAGAUCCCGACGCCAGAGGCAACGGCAGCGGCCGGCCGGAUGCUGGGCAAGGUGCCGUGGGUGUGGGAUGUCAAGCUGCACGGCCAUAACCUGCUGCGACUCCACGCACACGAGGCUAGCCUGGAGCAGGCCUGCAAAGCAAAUUGCUUGGGAAGCUCAGUUCUUGCGUGCAGAAACGAUGGCAGCAGUUGCGACCUUGUCGAGCUGGAGUGGUAUCAAGCCGAAUUCACCAGCGACUGCGGACGGGGUCUUCGCUUCGAUGACUUCAUUUUCGAGCUAUAG